AUGUACCACGAGACGGAAGGACAUCCUGACGUGGUGAGGUAUCUAUGGCUCAAGAAGUACACGUCCUCUAGGGUGUGGAAGGAGGUAACUACCGGACUAACUCCUCCUUCACGUUGUUAUCAAGACUAUGAACGACAACUCAAGAAGAUCCUCAAGCAGCUCCGCAAGACGUUUGACACUGACGAGCAUCUUCACAAGGCUGAACGUCAGUUCAACAACUGCGUUCAGGGCACUGACUCUGUCUACGUCUUCAUCGAACGUCUAGAAGACCUUAGUUCUGAACUCUACCAUCUCGGUUCCCCGGUCUUGGAGUAUAAGAUGAAGUGGAAGCUCUACAAUGGUCUCAAAGGCUCUGAACUACGACUUCGUGUCAACGAUUACCUUGACGACAGGGAAGUCGACUAUAUGGAGUUCAAAGAAGUCGUAUUACGUCAGCAUAGACGUAUGGCCAACAUCAACGCGACUACUGAGAGCUCCCGGUCUUUCGACAAGAAGGCCAGAGACGACUCUAGAGGUAGCUAUGGUAGAAGAAGUGAAGACAGUGGUUAUCGUAAUCGCCGACCUUGGCAACGACAAACCUCUUACUCUAGACGUGAGUCUGUCAACUCGGUCGAGGCUGGUUACUCCACAGAUGACAACGAGACCCGUGAGCAUCACGUCAAUAUGGGACGUGAUCUUUCUGGUAUGAAAUGUUAUCGAUGUCUCAAACGUGGACAUUCUGCUAAAGAUUGUCAACAACCAGAACCAGCCGAGCUCUCAGCACGUUGUCGAAUCUGUGGCAACCCACAACAUCAAGCCGACACGUGCAGAAUCAAGAGCGACAAAUUGAUCUGCCAUCGCUGCAAUAAUCCUGGUCAUUUGGCUUACGUAUGUACGUCUAAGACGCCUACAUCUUCACCGUCUAGCACUAGGCGACAACCAACUCCGAGAUCUACGGCUAGGGUCCAAAUGGUUAUUAAUGAAC